AUAGCCUCCUAGCAGAGCCGGGAGAGAGCCGGAGCGCUUGUGCCGUCACUGGAGCUGAGGAGAGACUGCUUGUGGUGAGGAAGCUGAGGCUCACUGCAGACCCCCUCUUAACUGGUUUAACAGGCUCAGGUUUCAGGCUCGCCCAUUGGAGAACUGAAGGAGCAGCAUGGAUGUCUACUCAGUGACUCUGGAGGGACCGGCUCCAUGGGGAUUCAGGCUGCAAGGAGGGAAGGAUUUCAGCAUGCCACUCACAGUCUCGCGGCUGACCCCCGGCGGGAAGGCCGUUCAGGCUAACGUUGGCGUGGGAGACUGGGUGGUGUCCAUCGACGGUGUCAAUACAGAGAGCAUGACCCACGUGGAGGCACAGAACAAGAUCCGAGCAUGCACCGGCAACCUGACCCUCUCCCUGAGCAGAGCUGUCGGUACUCCUGGGUCUAAUCAGAAGGACUCGCUUGCCGCUGCCUCGCCUCAGCCCAGGUAUUCGUUUGCUCCCAGCAUGUCUCUUAAUAAGAUGGCCCGUCCCUUUGGUGCCGGGGGAGGCUCUGGCAACUCGAAAUCUGGGCCGGUCACCAAACCAGUGUCCUAUGUCCCCACGGCGGCGAAAUUGAACCCCAGCUCCCGGGGACCUGUCAGUGUGCUGCAGCAACACAAUGGCCACGAAGUGAAUCAGUCUGCUGCCAAGACGGCAUCCACUGCGGCAGCGGUUGACAAACCCCAUGGCGGUCUGGCCAGGGCUCCCGCUCCUUCCUCAACCCCCUCAUAUCGUCCUCCUUGGAUAACCGAUCCAGGCUUCGCUGACCGCUACCGUCCCGACAAGACCAGCACAGUGCUGACCCAGCACAGCCAGCCGGCCCAGCCCACGCCAGUGCAGAACCGCAGCUCCAUCAUGCAGGCAGCGCAGCAGGCUCCCGAGGGCAGUGGAAGGACCCCGGUGUGCGGGCACUGCAACAAGAUCAUCAGAGGCCGAUACCUGGUGGCACUGGGCCGCUCCUGGCACCCCGAGGAGUUCACUUGCUGCCAGUGCAAGGUGGUGCUGGAAGAGGGAGGCUUCUUCGAGGAGAGAGGCUCCAUCUACUGCACCAAGUGCUACGACAGCCGCUACGCACCCAACUGUGCCAAGUGCAAGAAGACGAUUGCUGGAGAGAUCAUGCAUGCCCUGAAGAUGACCUGGCACGUGCAGUGCUUUGUAUGCGCUGCCUGUAAGGCCCCGAUCAGGAACAAAGCCUUUUACAUGGAGGAGGGGGAGCCCUACUGUGAGACAGACUACGACAAGAUGUUUGGUACUAAAUGCAGUGGCUGUGACUUCAAGAUCGACGCUGGAGACCGCUUCCUGGAGGCGCUGGGCACGAGCUGGCAUGACACCUGCUUCGUCUGCGCUAUCUGCCAGAUUAACUUGGAAGGGAAGACCUUUUAUUCGAAGAAGGACAAGCCCUUGUGCAAGACCCACGCGUUUUCACAUGUCUGAUCUGAGACUCACACACACUCACACACUCACACACUCACACACACACACUCACACUCACACUCACACUCAAGCUGAACACUGCACAGAAAAAAACCACAACCCCAGACAAAGCUACACUAACACCCUUUUCCUGCUUCAACUCUCCCUCCCUCCCAAGCCUUGAGACGUGAGCUGGGCUUCCGGUAUCCACCACAAAAACAACUUCCUGUGGAAGGCUGUGUAGGCAGCUGUUACCAGUGGAUGUUCUCGCAAGGAGGGCUCUGUCUUUUCAGCAGUUUUUAUAAGGGCAAGCUAGUUGAGAUGCUACAGAUUUCCAGCUCCACGCAUGCUGCAAGUUAACAUCCGUUCUUUUUCAAGUGUUUAUUCCAGUAUUCACACGUGUGUCUAGGAAGGGUGAGUUCAAGGGCGAGGCUACCCGCACAGCUCCUGAGUCCUUGAUUUGCUUUAACCCUUUGAGAAUUAGCAUGCUUGGAUUGUACAGAGGCUGCAUUUCUGUAAAAAGGGGGGGGGGGGAUAUCUGUUACUACUACUACUGCUGCUGCUACUGUACUCGUCCUUUUCAGCUUUUACAGGGUCAUGCUGUCAUAGAAACAACGCUCUGAGUGAGCCAGUUCUCAACCGGUUUAAACAGGAUUACAGGACUGGCGGUCCAGCUUUAGUUCAUUGUAUCAAAAUCACCAGGGUUGUGAAAAAGGGAUACAAAAACAACUAAACCUAUUACAAAGAGUAUUGUAAAAUGAUUAUAACUAUUUUGUAUUUUUUAUAUAUUAAUGUACUGUAAUGGUGUUUACAGAUAUCAGCAAUGCAGUUGCAUGUGAAAGAUUCUCUGAUGGUGUAUCAUACUGCAUACACUGCUCCAAAACAGUGAGCAUUUAAUAUGUCACCUCGUGAUAUCUCUUCAGUGGUUCAGAGCCGUGUAUAUGAAGGGGCAGUGCUUUCUUCCAUGUCUCAGACCUGCCCGAGAGGAACCACUCUGUUGGUGUGUGAGGGAACAGUUCAGUUUCCAUGUCUGUCUUUAGGAUGGACUUCACUUUCAUUGCAACGGCUGGUUUCAGAGCCAGAUAAGCAUUAGUCUUGAACUUCCUUACCUAAGGAAACCAGACAGCAGUGUUUUACCUCUUUAAUGUGCUUCUGUACCUGCCUCUGUUAAGGUUCGUAGGUCACUGCCUCAGAUACAUAGAUCGUGGUACAAAAUGGGGUUUGGAAAACUAAGGAUGUCACUUCAGAGACUGUCUGAAAACCGUGCUGUACUACUAUGAUCGCAGACCCAGGUCUCCUAACAAAUCCUGUCUCGUGCCACCACUGCUUUCACACACCGCUGUGUAUGGAAUAACAAUGUUGUGCAAGUGCCAGUCGACUCUUAUUUGGAUUACUAGCCAUGAUCACGUGCUGUCAGAGCUGUGCAAAGAGCAAGCAGGCAUUCCUACUGAAGUGUUUAAACAGACAGGAGUAUUUGUAUUUAUCCCUGGUCUUGUCUGGACUAGGGACCUCGAGCUGCGCUUGCUGGUGUGAAAUUGUGGAGCGGGCGAUUUGCUGUGUAAUGGAAUGUGGGUCUGAGUGGGAUUCUGAAACUUUGUGUUUACAAGUAAGCAUUCUUAUUUAUGCCAGGUUCAGGGAGGAAAGGUGCUUAGCUUUUGACAGGGUUGCAUGUUUGGAAAAGAGAAUUCCUGCUUGCGCCAAAGAAACGGGACGGUCUUACUGUUUCGAUUCUUGUGCCCACAGAAUAGCCUCUACCAUUUGCUGUUGUAUGCUUGUGUGUGUUCGUUUAUUUUUCUUAUAAAAAUAUUAAUCUAUCUGUUAUGUUUGUGCCUUUUUUAUGCUUUUAUAUUGUAUACAUAUGCAUUUUCUUAAAAAAAAAAAAAAAAAAAGUUUCAAACUGCUGUAUUCAUAUAAUUCUAUUGCAGGCCUCAAUGUUAAAAUAGAAAAGUUUUGAUAGAGAAUGUUACAUUUAAGAUGCUCGUCAAUAAAAUUACACAAAGCACAGUA